GCUCCGAAAACCUCGACAGUCUCUUCCAUCGCAAAACGCGUCGUUGCAUUUGCAGUUGCCGGUGGUGGUGGUCGUGAUUGUUGGUUCAGAUGGCUUGCAGGGGGAAACUGAUCGUGGUAACUGUUUAGGUUUGUGGGUUUUUGGUUGCGUAGCCUGUAGUGCUCAUUCCCUCUUAGGUUGUAGAGUUCUCUCCGAGAUGGAUCCUUAUAUUUGGUUAGAGAAGAUGGUCACGUUGAAAGGGAAGUGGGUUAAUAAAACAGAGAGCCAAGGCGUCGAAGCGGAAGCCACUGUUGAAGUUCCUGCUCAUAGCCUCAGUUUGAAAACUGUGAAGAAGAAGCUGGGCGAGCUUAUUCAUCGUAAGGGCUCGGUGAGCGAUAUUGGCUGGGUUAUGAACAUUGAUGGUGACCCCGUUCAAGAUGAGACCGAGCUCUUCUAUAGUAUUUGGGACACGCUCAAGAUUGAGCCAUUUGGAAGUGGCAACGUGCCUCUGUUGGGAUUUUCGUAUCUUCUGGUGCCAGGUCUUUUUACCAAUUCCUAUCCCACAUAUUUUCGGGAAAUACUUGCUUACUUCAAGGAUGUCCUCUGUCUGCAAUGUGAGUUUGCAAACAUUAACACAGAGGGCUCUGUGAAAUCCAACGCAGCAGUGAUUAGGGACAUAGUCUUAAGCCAAUAUGAGCAGUUCGGGAAGAAAGUGGUCUUGUUGGGGCAUUCCAAGGGAGGCACGGAUGCGGCAGCCGCGUGUGCCAUGUAUUGGCCUGAACUGAAAGACAAGGUCCGGGGACUACUCAUGCUGCAAGCACCGUAUGGAGGGACGCCCCUUGCUGCAGACCUUCUGAGUGAAGGCCAAUUUGGAGUUUUAAAUUCCCUUCUCUUGGGAAAACUUGCAAGUUUCUCAAAUCCAAAUGGAACUGUUGAUGCUGUCAGAGACCUGACGUACAAAAACCGCCGCGAUUUUCUGAAAGAGUACCCUAUGCCAAGGGAUGUGCCAAUACUCUGUUUACACUCUAAUUUCCCACCAGAUUCCAAGGCUCGAUUCAAAAAAUACAUGUUGAAAGAGAACUUCCUCAAUGGGCGGCUGGAAGUGCCACUAGAGAUGCAGCUGGGGAAGCAGAUGGCUUAUAUGUCCAAGUACAUCUUGUCAAGGUAUCCAGGGGCGGAGAGCGAUGGGCUUGUCACUCGGAAAGACGCCGUUGUGCCGGGAUCGGUCGUGGUGGAGUUCAAGGAAGACCUCGGGCACACGUUGGUCAUCCCCGAAGUGAUUCAUGACUCCCAAAACAGUGAAGAGGUUCCUCCACCGCCUUUGAAUGCCUCUCUCGUCUGCCACGCUUGUGUAAUGGUCCUCCUCUCCACAAGAUGAACAAGCUUAUCGGUUGCGGCCAUAUUUGAUUCUUUGUUCACGGAGAGUAUUCCUUGCGUCUCAUUGAAAGUAUGCAACACAUCGCUGAUGAAGGGACAAGGGUAGCCAUGGCUGUGAGAAGUCCCAAAAUUGUCCCUUGAAAGACUGCUCUGUGAUGAUUCCCACUGGAGCUCAAAGUUGUGCAGGAGUUUAGAAGCAAGACAAAUAUGUGUAAAAUUGUUGAGAUUGUAAAAGCAGAGAUUUUGGAUAAACAUUUGGAUUGAGACUGCUGAUAAGACUGCUGUCGGUGUUGGUCGUACUCAGGAAGAGAGUUUACUGAUCAAGCUUGUUCGAAGAAUAAUGAAACGAGAUUUGUACAAUAGCAAAAUCUACGGUUUGGCUUUA